CUUUCCGGAGUGCUCGCUCUGCGCAUGCGUACCAAUUAAUCCUGCUCAGCUCCAUCAUGGCGGCGAGGGGCCAUGUGCAAGACCCCAACGACAGGAGACUGCGACCCAUUUACGAUUACCUGGACAAUGGCAAUAACAAGAUGGCAAUCCAGCAGGCUGACAAACUGCUCAAGAAGCACAAAGAUCUUCACUGCGCAAAGGUCUUGAAGGCGAUUGGUCUGCAGCGCACCGGCAAACAAGAUGAAGCCUUCACGCUAGCGCAGGAAGUGGCCGUUCUCGAACCCACAGAUGACAACUCUUUGCAAGCACUGACCAUCCUCUACAGAGAAAUGCACCGGCCCGAGUUAGUGACCAAGCUUUAUGAAGCUGCCGUCCGGAAAGUUCCAACGAGCGAGGAGUACCACUCUCACCUCUUCAUGGCCUACGCCCGGGUCGGAGAGUACAAGAAAAUGCAACAGGCUGGAAUGGCGCUGUAUAAAAUUGUCCCCAAAAACCCAUAUUACUUCUGGUCAGUGAUGAGCUUGGUGAUGCAGGCCAUCUCAGCACAAGACGAGAAGCUCUCUCAGACCAUGUUCCUGCCGCUGGCUGAGCGGAUGGUGGAAAAAAUGGUAAAGGAGGAGAAAAUAGAGGCAGAAGCUGAGGUCCAGCUGUACUUUAUGAUCUUGGAGCGUUUGGGGAAAUAUGUGGAGGCACUGGAGGUGGUUCAGGGGCCACUUGGAGAGAAGCUGACCAGUGAACUGCAGAGCCGUGAGAACAAAUGCAUGAUGCUGUACCGCCGUCUGGAGCGCUGGGCCGAGUGCAACGCGCUGUCCUGCAAGCUGCUCCUGAAAAACCCUGACGACUGGCAGUUCUACAUAUUGUACUUUGACUCUUUGUUCUACCUUAUUGAUCAGAGCUGGGCACCUCCGCAAGAAGGAGCUCAUUCUGCAGAGGGAGAGGUGCAUGCCUCCACAGCUCAGGCCAUCAGCUUCAUGGAGGACCGAAUAGUCACAGAAGAAGCGAAGGAGUCCAAGCAUCUGAGAGGGCCAUACCUGGCCCGUCUGGAACUCAUCAGACGACUCCGAGAGCGCAGCUGUCCUGAAGCACAGCAGCUAGGUGAACCUCUUGAGCUCAUGUUCCAGUUCUUUGUGAAGUUUGGAGACAAGCCAUGUUGCAUCACCGACCUGGAGAUCUUUCUGGAUCUUUUCACACCUGACCAACAUGUGCAGUUCAUCAACAGGCUAAUGGAGGCCGUGCCACUGGGCGCUCCGGGAGAGGAUGGUGUUGCUCUUCCAGGAGACACGCGGGCUCUGCAGAGACAUCUGUGUGUGACCCAGCUGAGCCGCAGUCUGGGUCAGCAGCACGCGCUCAACACCGAGGGCAAACUGGGCCUCAUCAAAGAACUGAAGGCACAUUACCGGCACGGCUUACAGUUCGGGAAGUCCUGUUUAAAAACAGAGCUACAGUUCUCCGAUAUGUACUGUCUCAUGGCGGCUCAUGUCUAUAUAGACCUGUGGCUGGAGACGGGCGAUCAGAACAUGUUGUGGCAGUGUCUGGGGCUGUUAGAGGAAGGUCUCUCCCACAGUUCCUCCAACGCUCAAUUCAACUUUCCGUACCCACUGUAUUUAUUGACCCGCUAUGCAGAGUCUUUGGGCCAGUUUGCUGCUGCUUCCCAAUCUUGUAACUUCUCCCUCAGGUUUUUUCACUCGAACCAGAAAGAUACCUCAGAAUACAUUAUUCAAGCAUAUAAGUACGGGGCUUUUGAGAAAAUCCCGGAGUUCAUCGCCUUCAGGAACCGACUCAAUCACUCGCUGCACUUUGCCCAGGCGCGCACGGAGAGGAUGCUGCUGGACCUCUUCCUGGAAGCCGACACAUCAUCUCCUCUAGAGGAGAGCGUAAAAUCAAUGUCUCUAUGUCCGGAAGAGGACGACAUCCCGUGGGACAGCUUAAGGGACAACCGCGACCUGACUGUCCUCGUCAGCUGGAACCCUAAGGACCGGCAGCUGAACGAGGAGCACAAGCAGCACUCUCUAGAGGACGACACCCUGUGGCUGAGGUUGCGGUCGCUCACGCUGCGUCUGAUUGGCUGCGUCUCUGCGCUCACUCACCCACCGACAUCACGUAACUCUGAGAAGACGACUGAAAACGGAGUGGCGGCUAAACCGUCUUCUCUACAGUCGCUGCUCUCACAGCUAGAAAACACGCUAAACCAGGCCACACAGUUCACGGAAAAACAGCUGCAGCAUCAGUACCCAUUUGUGGGGCCCGUGCCGUCUCGUCUGGCUCAGGCUCUGUCCAGUGGUUGCUGUCAGUGUCAGCUCUCCUCUCUACAGCUCCCUCUGCACCUCCAGGAGCUUGAGACCGCCGGCCUGGAUGAAUCAACAGAGCUUCAAACACAAAUAUCUAAUCUUUUCAAGUCUUUAGCAGUACAACUUCAAGAUAUGUUGGAAAAAUGUAAAGGUGACCUAUUAGAAGUUAAAGACGAUCAAAGCAAGCCGCAACAAUUUUUACUGGAGAAUCUAGUCUACUUUGUUGAAACCGUUUGUAUCGUCCUAUGGGUGUCUAAUUACUGUGGAAGCGUCCUCCGGCCAUUAAAGUCAAGUUUACAGAAGAAGAAGAAAAAGAAAAAAGAAGUCAGCACUGUAACGCCGCCGGUGCUCUCGGCAUAUCAGGAGUUCAGCAGCAGCUUGCAGAGUCUCCUCAACCAGGCGCUGGAGCACAUCAAGAGCCAGGAGAUCAGCCUGACGGCGCUGAAGCUGGGAGCCCUCAGUCUGGAGGGUCAAACCCAGUCUGAGGCGGAAGGGACCUUCACAAAGACGGCCAUGGAUAAGGUGCAGAGCAGCUACCUGCGUUCGCUGCAGGAGAUCGGGGAACUGUUAAAGAAGAGAGCGGACACGUUAAAAUCCCUCAAAAUCUGAGCGCUCCAUCGAUCCGGUCCCCGACCCGCACGGCUCCACGCGACGGCCCCUAACGCAAUCCUCCCGUCUCAGUCUGUGAACUCAGCUGGUCUCGUCUCCUCUUCCUAUUUAUCCGUCUCAUUACUCACAUACAGACACAGGCACACUGUAAAGUUCAACAACGGCUUCAGCACAAACAUCUACGGUGCUCCGCGCAGCACUUUUAAGUGGAAACGUAAACUUCAUAUCCCUGGCAAAACUACAUAGGCAAAUGAAAAUAAGCAAUUUUAGAAGUACUGCUAUAAAUUAUUGUACAUAGUGUGAAGAUAAAGAAUAUCAACGAGAACUCCUUGGCGAAUUAAAGUGAACUGCUUUGUCCUUUUGUCGAUGUCUUGCGUUAUUGUCUCUCUCACUUCCCAGCCGUAAACCUUGCGAUUGAUGGUUCGUUUUCAGACGACACUCCAAAGCAAAACGGGCCCUAACGGUGCCGCUCCGUAUCACAAGUAGCUAACUUCCAGACUGACGCACUCUGCGACGCGUUUACGUAGCCGUUCGCGAUGCACAACCAGCCAAGAGCUACGCUUCGUCCCGAGGAGAUUUUGCGCAAACUUUUCAACAGGGUGGCGCGAGUAUCCAGAUGCUUCGGGUGCUUCUAUUGCGAUAUUUGUUUGUAUAUUACAAAUGACUUUACUUGAGCCACAAGUGUACGAAAUGUAGCUUUCCCGACUGUUUGUUUGGAAAUGCCACCAUGUGAAAACCAAUAGCAUUUAGUGCUACUUGAGGUUUGGGAAAGUUUGUGUUUGUUUGUUAUCCUUUGAUUGAUGGUCAAAGACGUUUAUUCAAUCAUGUUUGGAAUUAAUUUUAUGAUUAAUUGAAUCGAUUGGUUGGGGCACGUUGUUUACUUAGAAAAAUUGUCGAUUGCACUGAUGAUGUCCCUUAAAUGAUGAGGUUUUAUUGUUGUUGCAUACCAAAAAUGUCUAAAUUAGCCUUGCGUUAAAGGGUUAGUUUACCCCAAAAUGAAAAAUGUCACUUAUUCACCCUCAUGGAAUUCCGAAACCAUUAGAAAUUCGUUCAUCUUCGGAACACAAAUAAUAUUAUUAAUUGACUGUGAGAGACUUCUGUCCCUCCAUUGAAACUCUUUCACCCAAAAACACUGAUGAUUUAAAACAUUCCUAAAGAGAUUUAAAAAAAAAAAUCAUAUGAAUCGAGCAGUGUAAUCCAAGUCUUCUGAAUAAACACAAUCAUUUUAUGUGAUGAACAGAUUGAAUUGAUGCUUUUAUUCACUUACAAGCAUUGAUCGAUGAACAUAAACAGAAGCUCAAGCAUACUUGCUCGAUAUAUGCAUACUUGUGAAUUUUCAUUGGUUUGUUCUUGUGAGCAUCAAGCAAGCAUGCUUGAGUCGUCGUUACCAAAAGUAAACAUUGUUUGCCGAUGAAUGUUAAUAAAAGCCUCAAAUAAAUAUGUUAAUCUUUAAAAGACUUGGAAUAAAGUCGAUCAAAUUGUAUGGAUU